CGCCGGCUCCAGACCCAAACCAACAUUAUCCUUGCAAGAGUCGGCCCCCUGGGCAACAUGACAACCGACCUCGCCAGGCAGGUCGACGACAUGCGCGCCUCCAUGGAUGAGAGAGGCGGUUCGCAAAGAGCUCGCGAUGGCCAGUCCGGCCCCCCUCCACGCUUGGACAUGACCUCUUUCAAAGGGGACGGUGGCCUCAAAGAGGUGGCCCCGAACAUGGUGCGUCGGACUGGCGGUGUCUUCUCCAUCGAAGUGUUGGUCAAGACUGCGCACAUCUCGGGCGACUUCACGGUUGCUGGCGAGGACAUGGACAAGAUCCUCUCAGUGCAGUUCACGGGUACGUGCGGCAUCGUUGGCAAGAUGGUGCAGCAAGUUCUCGGUGCUCUUCGCCUCAGCAAGUUCUCGGCCGGCAUCACGAACGCCGUGUUUGCCGUGCAGGAAGGCCACCCGGACCUUGACGAGCUCGACGUCUUUGUGGAAGGG